GAAAUAAAAUAGCUACUGAUCUAAUUACUCUACUAUUCAAUGAAGGAGGAAUAAAAAUAAAAAGUUCAAAUCCAUAGUUACUUUUCGUUAGGAAAACAGGGUUGGUAGAUGCACUGUAUCCGAAACAACUGAAGACAUGAAAUCCUACCUUGAUGUCAAGAUUCCAGUUCAUAGAAGGAAAUUGGCUUAUGCUAACUCAUCCGAAAGAUAUUGAAUACUGAAAAGGCAUAAAUUUCUGAUGUAGAGCUACUGAUGGAUACUGAAUGUUUCAGUGGUCCUAUUACUUCUGUAAACUUUCAAAAACAUGCGGAAGGAACUACUGAGACACUCCCAUCGAUCCAAACUAAAACGGGGUUUUAUACUAUGUCUGGAAUUCUAGAUUUCCUGCAAUUGGAAUGGUCAAGAAUGCAAUUAGAACGAACACAAUGGGAUGUUGAGAGAGCAGAAUUGCAUGUAAAUUUUUUGUCUUUAGCUAUUAGUUCCCUCAGGCAAGGAUAGCAUUCCUUCAGGGUAAAUUCAGGGGCCUUGAAUGUCUUCGGAAUGAUUUGAUCCGUCGAAUCAAAAUGUUGGAAUAUGCAUUAAUAAGAGAAAGAAGUAACAAAACUCAAGAUGGGCAAUCCAAAGAAAGCGAAGAAAAUAUGAUAAGUGUGCAUUUUUCUACGUCUGAUUCUGGUACAGACCAUUUAAAAACAAAUGUUGAUAAUGAAUGGCAAAAUGAAAAUAUCCAGCUGAGCAAGUACUUAAUUGACUCAUCUUCAUCUAACGCUUCACACACUUUUGGUAACCCAGCACUAUGUGAUGCUUCUGGAGUCAGUUUGCUAGUCGGUGAUGGUCUCAGUUCAGAAACUAAUGUUCUCCAAGGGUCUCUUAAAUAUGAUGAUUCUGAGUUAAAGGGUUUACAAAAUUCACUGGAACUUCCCAUAGAACAUUGUGGUUUAGAACAAAAUAAACAGUCACAAGAUGGUCCGUUUGACUUCAGUUUGUCUAAUAGUUCCAGUUUCGACUACUUAUCACUUACGGAAGAAGGGGAUUUGACAUCAACAAUUGAAUCUCAGUGUAUUACAGACCCAGAAACUGCUGAAGCACUUUUAGAAUUUGAGCAACUUGUUGCGCAAAGUCCAUGUUUGGAUAAAACUCCUUCGAUUGAACAUGUAAAAAACAAGGAUUGGGAUAAUUUAAAUGAACACGAACUGUUACAACGUUUCAAAGAACAGUAUCGGGCAGACCGUUCACAUGUCAAAUCUUCACAUCUGUCUCUUCAUUUUCCUCUUAUUUCUAAUGUAAAAUUAAAAGAAGACUUAAAUAUAGAUGAUAAGUUGAAAAUCACUUCAUUACCUAAUGAUCUAAAUGUUCAACAAUCUAGUUAUAGUAGUAAUGAUAAUAGUGACCAACCGAUAAAUUUCGAUGCAGUUGAAGAUGAAUUGGAUAAUAUACUACCGAACUUUGAUAUGUUAAUCAAUCAAAAACAUCAACACCGUCACCAACAACGAAAUGUACCAAAAAAUGAAAUUUUACACAAUUCUAGUAUUACUACUAUUAAUACUACUGCUACAACCACUACCACUACAAAUAUACUAUCAAAUCAAUUAAAUUCAACAAAUGAAUCAACUUUAAGACUAGAAGAUUUAGCAAAUCUUUCUACAAUGUCAAAAAGUGAAUUCAAUUCUAAACAAGCACAUGCAGUUGCUUUAGCAAUGGAUAAUUUGGAUGGAAUGAGUGAAUGUCUUAUUAAUAGAUCAUUAAAUGAGAAAAUUAAUCAAUCCACACCAACACAAAAUCCUACAACAUGGACAGCAAAAUAUACACUACGUAGUCAUUUUGAUGCUAUUCGUGAUAUUUGUUUUCAUCCUAGUGAAUCAGUUUUAGUUACAUGCAGUGAAGAUCAUACUUUAAAAUUAUGGAAUUUGAAUAAGACUAUUCAAACGAAGAAAUCUUCAAUGUUUGAUGUUGAACCGAUAUAUACAUUUCGUGGGCAUAAUUCACCAGUUUUAUCGGUGGCAAUGGUUCCUAGUCUAUUGAAAGUAGAUAAUUCAUGUCAAUCAGGACUGAUGAUUUCACCGAUCUAUAUAUAUUCUGGGGACUUGUCAGGUCGCAUACGUAGUUGGUGUGUAUCCAAUCUACAAUUAGAUCCUUAUGAUACUUUCGAUACAACAAUGAUGGGUCCCAUCUUUGAAGGUCAUACUGACGCGGUUUGGUCAUUAUGUUCACGUUACGACGGCUUACUGCUUUCAGCUUCCUCUGAUGGUACUUCUCGUCUAUGGCAUUUACGUCAAAAUUCAUUUGUCAGUUCUGACGUAUAUUAUAUUAGUAACAUGCUUAAUAAGUGUGAGAACAUAUCUCAACAAUAUUCAGUUCCCACUUCAGCUACAUUUUUAUGUACUAACCUAGCACAAUUCGCUGCUGGCUUCAAUUCAGGUCAUGUAUGUUUAUUCAAUUUGGAGACACAUCAAAUUGUUAGAAAUUUUCACAUUAAUAAAACAGAUGUCAGUGAUACUUCUCAGGACGCAAAUGUAUACUCUGUAAAUUCUGUCAUCUCUCAUCCUCAUCUCUCAUUAAUAAUCAGUGCCCAUGAUGAUCGUCAAAUUCGAUUUUGGGAUUCGUUAAGUGGCAAAUGUGUUCAUUCAUUGACUGCUCAUUUGGAUUCAGUCACAACACUCAGUUUAAAUUCAAAAGGAACAUUAUUACUGUCAGCAAGUCAUGACUGUUCCAUACGAAUAUGGGAUAUCAAUACAAAAUUGUGUAUUCAAGAAAUUACAGGUCAUAGGAAAAAAUUCGGUGAAGCUAUCAAUGCAGUUGCAUUUCAUCCAACACAACAUUUUAUGGCUAGUGCUGGAUCUGAUGCAUUGGCCAAAGUAUAUGUUUAAAAACUUAAGAAGAGGAAAAAUGAAGGAGAGUGAAUGUGGUUAUAAUCAGUACACUUAAUGUUCGCUGAUAUUUUAACCAUCAAUUGUAUAUACCUACAUUCUUUUUGUGUACAUUUUUAUUAGUAGUAGUAAAACAUUCUGUUUAAUUAUUAUUUAUUCCAUGUUUAUUGACGUGAAUUUUUCUUUACAGUAAUGUGAUCAAUUAUUUAACACAAUCAUUUUUUUAUUAUUUUUGCUUAUCAUCUUCAUCCCAAUCUGUUAUUUAAUACUACAAAUUAAUUGAUGACUGUUCUUUUACGUCAAUUAUCUAUAACAUUUGCUACCUACUUACCGGUGGUUGAGUUUAAAUACGCAUUAUCUUUUAUACACUGAACAGGCUAGCUACCUAACUUUUUAUUUCACCCAAUAUGUACAAUAUUUUGUUUCUGUAGUAUUUUUAUCAUUUAACUUUAAAUUUAUUAUUUUAAUAAAAUACUCACUGCACACACUGUAUGUUGUACCUGCAGUUGGUUCAUAUGUUCUCCUGUAAGGUUUUUAUUUCUAAUGGUUUUAAGCUUAAAGAAGUUUAUUUGUUCACUGCAUUUUUAAUAAUAAAAUUGAUUAGU